AUGGCUGGGCCAAAACCACGUAUCAUUACUCUGACCAAGCGAGAGGGUCAGGGCUAUGGCUUCUACCUUCGAGUGGAGCACGGCGAGGAGGGUCACCUGAUCCGAGCCCUGGAGAUGGGCGGCAUGGCUGAACUGGCCGGUCUGAAGGACGGAGACCGCAUAGUCAGAGUCAAUGGAACUUUUGUGGACAUUUUGGAGCACAGCCAGGUUGCAGAUUUGGUGAGAAAGAGUGGGAUGAGCGUCACAUUGCAUGUCCUUGGAGAAGAGGCAUAUAAGACUGCCAAAGCCAACGGUGUGAAUCUUGCUGACACUCAGUCCCAGUCAGGUCAGAGCCAGCCCACCAUGAAUGGAGUGUCUGCACCAGCACCUAAAGCCAAGCUUUGUUAUCUGCAAAAAUCCAGCAGUGGAUUUGGUUUCUCUUUAAAGUCCACCAAAG